UGUUGUAAAGAUUGAAAUAUUUGGUAGAGUGGGAAUUGAAAUAGUUGAAAUACAGCUUCAAUUCACAACUUCGACUUGAAUUUUGUCUUUUAAGUUUUGAUUUCAAACUUUGCUUUCAAUUUAUACGAAAUGUCAACUUGCAAGCUCAAAUCUGUGAAUCCACUAACAAAUUCCGCCUAAAAGUAUCAAACAUUUUAAACGGAUUGUUAUCUGAUUAGCGAGUGACGAAAUAUGCAGGUUGAAGAUUUGAUGAACGAAGUAGAUCGCCAUGUACCUUAUUUACUGAAGCAGACGUCAUGCCAAGCUCUGUUGCUGGCUCAGAAGGCUCCUGAAUUAGCUCGAGAUCUCGCCGGCGAGAUACAGCGUGAUGGCUUAGUUGACACGGCGAGCAGGGUAGCCAAAGCGCUUUACAAAAAGUACGAACCUACAGCCAAGGAGCUAUACGAAAAGUACGAGCCACUAGCCGAGAAGAAUGCUGUUUCGGCUUGGCGGUCUUUUAACAGGCUUCCGCUAUUCCCUCAAGUGGCUCAGAUUUUGGUGCCUACGGCUGCUUAUUGGAGCGAGAAAUACAAUCAAGCUGUGGCGUAUGCGUCAGAGAGAGGCUAUGCGGCGGCGUAUUAUUUUCCGAUUAUUCCUCUGGAGAGGAUCGCGAAGGUGUUUGAAGGCGGCGCCGGCGCCGCUGAGAACGGGCAUUCCGUUUCCGUGAAUGACGGUUCGGUUACUUUGGUGCAAUGACCAUUUUUGCAUUUCUUUAAUUUUUUCAGUAUGUGACGUAAGGAUGGACUGGGCCCAUUGGGCUUUAAUGGGCCGCUGGGUUUAAUAAUUUUGGUUUGUUUGUUUCUUACAUUGUUAUCUGUAGUGAAAAAAAGCACUAAUUGUUAUCUUUAUAUCAUAAGCCAUUAUUUAUCUAAUUCCUACAUAUACUGUAUUAGUGUGCUCA